AGAGCGCAGCGGGGCUCCGGGUCGCACUUUGCGCCUCUGGUCCCAGCGGAGCGUGGUGACGCGCGCCGUAGCGUGGGGUUUCCCGGGGCUGAGCGCAGGGUUACCGCGCCCAUCGCCGCUUGCUUCAUGGCCGGGGGAAGAGACUGAGGUGCGGGAGAGGAACGAGAAAGCCUGGCGAAGGAACGAGAGGCAAAAAAAAUAAAAAAUACCCAGCCACACCAGACUAGAAGGGUUAGGGAAGCGGCCGCGGGCUCUGAACAGACGCAGCGAGUCGGGGCGGCGCGACGCCCGUUUGGUGAGAAUUUAACCGGCUUCACGGCUUUGCGGUGCCUCCUGUCCGUUUGUGCCGCCGGCGUGCCCGGUGUAUUACACUCGGCAGGUCGGGAAAAUAUAUAUCAUUUAAAGAACUGGGGAACGGGGAGUGCCGCCCCUCGGUAGCUAGUCGGCUUUAGCCAGCUGAAAGUCUGCUGAUCGCCGGUUGAUGAGGAGGAGCGCGAUCGGACGGUUUCUGUCUCCACCGUCACCAGUCAAUGCCAUAUAUACACAACGGACACCGACGAGUAAAAAAACUGAUUUGCCAGUGUCUCGCCGGCCAGAGUGAAGUCUACUGUUUAGAGGAAGAUGAGUGAACUGGACCAGCUACGCCAGGAGGCUGAGCAACUCAAGAACCAGAUCAGAGAUGCCAGGAAAGCCUGUGCAGAUGCCACCUUGUCCCAGAUCACGGCGAACGUGGAUCCCGUUGGUCGGAUCCAGAUGCGCACUCGGAGGACCCUGAGAGGUCACCUGGCUAAGAUCUACGCCAUGCACUGGGGCACCGACUCCAGGCUCCUUGUCAGUGCCUCCCAGGAUGGAAAGCUAAUCAUCUGGGACAGCUACACCACCAACAAGGUGCAUGCCAUCCCUCUCCGUUCCUCCUGGGUCAUGACCUGCGCCUACGCGCCUUCUGGGAACUACGUGGCCUGCGGCGGCCUGGAUAACAUCUGCUCCAUCUACAACCUGAAGACCCGCGAGGGCAACGUGCGCGUGAGCCGCGAGCUGGCCGGACACACAGGUUACCUGUCCUGCUGCCGUUUUCUGGAUGACAACCAGAUUGUUACAAGCUCUGGAGACACCACUUGCGCCCUCUGGGACAUCGAGACCGGCCAGCAGACGACCACAUUCGCCGGCCACACCGGCGAUGUCAUGAGUCUCUCGCUGGCUCCUGACAGCCGGCUGUUCGUCUCGGGGGCCUGUGACGCCUCCGCCAAGCUGUGGGAUGUGCGGGAAGGCAUGUGCAGGCAGACAUUCACCGGCCAUGAGUCCGACAUCAACGCCAUCUGUUUCUUCCCCAACGGCAACGCCUUUGCCACGGGCUCAGACGACGCCACCUGCAGGCUCUUCGACCUCCGCGCCGACCAGGAGCUGAUGGUGUACUCGCACGACAACAUCAUCUGCGGCAUCACCUCCGUGGCGUUCUCCAAGAGCGGCCGGCUGCUGCUGGCCGGAUACGACGACUUCAACUGCAACGUCUGGGACACCCUGAAAGCCGACCGCGCAGGGGUGCUGGCAGGUCACGACAACCGCGUCAGCUGUUUGGGGGUGACAGAUGACGGCAUGGCGGUAGCCACUGGCUCAUGGGACAGUUUCCUUAAGAUCUGGAACUGAGGCCUGGAGGCUGCAUUCGGAUUCAAUUCGACUGGAAGACCAUUCCAACAUUUAAAGUUAAACUUCAUUGCAUAUCUGAUCUUCUCAAACAACACAAAAGAACUGUAACGAAAGCCCCAGGAACCUUCAACGGGAAAAGGCCUUUCCUCUUCCUCCAAAACGAAAAAUAAAAAUAAGAGCACAAUUGAUAGCCCCCGAGAUAAGAGAAGUGGAGAAUCCCUGUGGUAUGAAAUGAGUAACAAGAAAAAUUGUGAAUUUCUUUUUUUUUUUUUUUUUUCCUGGGACCAUUUUAUGUUUCUACCUUGAAAUAGGAAAAACACAACACUAUCAUCCCAUGCGAAAGUGUCAUGUAUCUUGAAAAGAAAUGUUGGAGUGUAAUUGUACAAAAUGGUUAGUUUUUAAUUUUUCCUUUUCGUUUCAAGGAUUCUGUGGGUGAAACUCCUGGUUUGUGUUCAGAGGAGAAUGAGGUUUUUUUUUUUUUUGUCUCAGUCUAAGUAUUUUGGAUUUCAGUUUGUAGAUAAGUUUUAAUACAGAAGCCUGCCAUUUUUUCUCCAGCUUUACUGAGGAAAGUUAAUAUACCACAAGCAAAUGGUGAGAGCUUUAUUGGAAAUUCCAGCCAGCUUUCAGAGGAUGCCACCUCUGUACGGUUAGUUCUGGAUGGUUAUUCCUUUUACAUUUCCUUACUGUUUUUCUGUCUUGCCACAAAUGGAAACUUUGAAUAUACUGAGUAACGUAAAAGCAUCUGCUAACCAAGCACAUACUGAUAAAGGUGAUGAAUGCUUGUUUUUACAAACAAAGAGAGCAGUUAACAACAUUUUGUCCUUGUACAUUGUUAUUGGGUAAUAUAGAAUAAUUUAAGAUUAA